GGUGUCUGUCAGGUUACAGAAAAGAUGGAACAAAGGACAUGUGCCCUCUGCCCUGAAGGCCAUGACUGGAGUGUGAUAUACUUUGUACAGUCAGCGAAUAUAGCUGUUCACGAAAACUGUUUGUUCCAGCACUCUGGCAGAGCCUGGUGGACCUGUGUGAGGGACUCCCAGGCCAGUUGGGCUACAAUGAGACCCUACCUUAACAACAACAAGAGUGAAGAUCUGGUUGUGGAGGCAGGCACGGUUCUUCAAGCUUAAGAAUAAGGCCUGGAAAGCCAUCAGGAAUGGCCUCUGUCCCUUGCUUUGACUUCACUGACUGCAUGGCUUCAGCCAUUGCCAGAGCCUGCUCUGCGUUCCUAGGCAGAGAAUAACAGUGCUGUAGGAGACACUGUCUGCCUGGCUCCAGAGUCAAUAGAGAUCAGUUACCAUGUACAACUGUGUCUGCAGACUGAAGUUUCUCAUAGGAGUCCCAUGGCUCUUGUCUGUUCAUCUCCUGCACAGUGGCCAGUGCUCGGAGCCAUCGCCCACUCUGUACUUCUCUUCAACCCUUUCCAGAGGCAACGCUGACUUGUGUUGGUCAGGACUACUUCACACCAACUCUGGUUGUUUGUUUUGUUUUUUGUUUUUGUUUUUGUUUUGCAACCUCCAGCUGUAUUCAUCAGGACUGGUAGAAUGUGAGGCCAAUGAUCCACGUAAUAUAGCUGGAAAUUUUGACGUGAGUUCAGUACUGGAAAGGCUCUGGAGAGGAAGCUCGAUACUAUGCUCAUUUUGUAAUAACAAAGGAGCCAUUGUGAGGUGUGGUGAAACAUCCUGUGCCAAGAAUUACCACUUACUCUGUGCCAAGGAGGACCACGCACUUCUACAAGUUGGAGUUACAAGAACUUACAAAGUAUUUUGCGCAGAACAUCCUCCACAACAAGAAGAGACCACUGAAAGUGCUGAUAGCCCAAGCAUAAAGAAGAGGAGAGGAAGGAAGAAACGCCUCUCAUCAGACCCUCCCACAGAGCCAAAACCAGUGAAAUUCAUGAGAUCCAAAAGACAUGUGACAGGAGAGCCUUUCUGCCACAGAGAUGCAGCUGUCAAAGCCCCUUUUCUUAAGAAAUGCCAGGAAGCAGGACUUCUUAAUGAAUUAUUUGAACAGAUACUAGAAAAAAUGGAUUCAAUUCUUAGAAGAUUCACGGAUGAGACUGCCUCAGAGUCAGACUAUGAAGGGAUCCAGACCUUACUGUUUGAGAGUGGGCUCUUUGAAGACACGUUAAUACAAUUCCAAGAAGUAAUCAAGAGCAAAGCUUGUGAAUAUGAAGAAAGGCACAGGCAGAUGAAGCAGCAGCUUGAGGCACUUGCAGACUUACAACACAACUUGUGCUCAUUUCAAGAAAAUGGGGACCUGGAUCACUCAAGCUCUACUUAAGGAUCUUUCCUACCUCCUGAGGACCACCAGGUCAGAGGCCAGGAGUCUCCUGAAGUGCAAGCAGGCUCAGGAGACAGCCUGUGACAGAUCUACUGUCCACUCGUGCUCUGAUGUGCUACUGCUCAUCCAUGCUCAGUACCUGAUUGGGUCUUUCUUGUCUCUUCUCUUCUCAUCUCACCUGUCCUGCUUUCCCCUGACAGUAAAAGCUGUUCCUCAAGUCAACUGGAUCAGACCUCCAUGUUCUCCAAGGAGCGAGGAAGUCUUUCUACCUACCCUACCCACUCCAGUCAAGGGCAGCAACACCAGAGCCUUUGCUCAUCCUUUCGUGGGAUCUUAGAGCUUUCUCUUGCCUCCUCUGCUCCUACAGUAGGUCUCAUCACAGUCACCUCUCAGUAUUAAUAAUUCCCUCAGAAUAUAGCAGACUCAUUCCUGAGCAUAGUUUAUUGUUACCCUGUUUUCUGUUCACUACCACAUCCCCAAUAUUUAGCACACUUAAUAAAUGGUUGUCGGGGCUGGC